AUGGCCACCUUUCAACUAUGGAGGAAUCCUUCAAAGCUGCGAAUUUCAGAAGCACAAGAAACAUCUAUCUUUGUAGGGGGGAUACCAUUCGAAAUGGACUUGUUCCAUUUAAUGCAACUUUUUAGCAAAUACGGAGUCAUUACAUUGGUUAGAGCACGGCCAGAUCCAAUCGCCAGAGCAACCAUCAGGCAUCGAGGUUUUGGAGUCAUACACUUCCAAAGAUCAGCCCAGGCAUUCGCUGCUAUAAAGUCUAUGAACGGAUUCAAUGUCGCUGUAGAGAGGGUGUUGCGGGUUGAGAAGAAUCGGGAACCAAAGGAUCAAUUUCUGGAAGCAGUUCGAACAACCUCCAAGCUUGAAACUGUUAAGCAGUCGUUCGCGGACUGGAUUAUGCCAUUUCCUGAUCGUCAUAGGUCGUCAAUUUUAAUCCCAUAUGAGACUCGGCUCACCUUACAACAAACCGAGAGGGGUUUUCUUUUCGUAGUUGAUGGUUUACCUGAUGAGAUCGAUGAAUUAGACGUACGAGAACGAUUCGCCAAGUAUGGAAACAUUUUGUGCUUUGGUAUGCCUCCUAGUGCAAGAUCUCGCCCGAGUGGCAGAUACUGCUUCAUGUCAUUCUCAGAACCCAACGAAGCAGAUGCUGCAAUACGAGGUAUGAAUGGUACAUUUUGGGGGGACAAGUUUAUAGGUGUAAGGCUCGACAAUCGACGGCCACAAACUACUGCAACUUCACCCAUGAAACUCCUCCCACAAUCACUGGCAACACGUAUGAUUGUCAAUAACAUAAGUAUUAAUGCAAGUAGCAAGAAAAUAUGUAUGCCCCCACCCAUAUCACCCGCCGAAGCAUCUGAACGAAUGAGAGAGGUUAUCGACGAAACCUUCAAGACACAGGCUUCUCUCGUAGAGUACAUCGAGAGGCUCGUAUCACCACAUGCACAUCUUAGCGUCGUAUUUGCAAAAAACGAUGUUAAGGAUUAUAUACUUGAACGUCGGCCAUUAAAUCCAAACAGGUCGGUCGUUAAAGUAUUCUUACAAAAGGAAGAGGUGGAUCUUUAUAAGGGAUAUAAGGUGGUCAAGGAUCUUUUACCACAGACAUUGAAUGCAUUGCUAGUACACUGGGAGUCAUUGAAGAACUCGGUAGUUUGUCUUAGCUUACGAACUUAUCGUUAUCCGAAAGACAAGGAAGUUGGAUCAAAGGGAGAAUGCGAAGAAUAUUGUGACGUCAUUCAUGAAGUGAGAGGCUUCAUGUUGAUUUCCCACCCUGGAUUCACGCUACGAUACAAGGCAAAAGCAGCAGAUCAAGAAGCCAUCACCAACAAUCUUCUCGGAGAUCUCGAAUAUGAGACCUUUCCUUAG